AUGAACGCUUUUCUGGUUUUCUUGGGUUGCGUCGCUUUAGCCUCAGCACAAGUCGGCGUUCCAGGACCUCGAUGGACCGGCCCGCAAGCUAACCAGAUAAGCGGCCAAUUGGUGCAAGAUACACCUGAAGUGGCGGCCGCUAAAGCGCAACAUCAAACCGCAUAUUCCCAAGUUUCUGCCAAUUUGCCAAUUUUGCCACCGGAAAUCCGUUUCCAGGCUGGACAAACCGUCCAACCCAUCCAACCAGCCCAACCUAGCCAAGCACCACAGAACUUCGCUGAACAGCAAAACUUGGGCCAUCAACAGAACUUUGCCCAACAACAAAACUUUGGACAACAACAAGCUUUUUCAGUCCAUGAACACCAAAAUUUUGGCCAUCAACAGAACUUUGCUCAACAACAAGCUUUUGCAGUCCAACAACCUCAACCAGGUUUCGAGAAGUUCGCAGAAGAUAUCCCACGCAGUCCCCUCGGCGAAGUACCUGAAGUGUCCGCCGCCAGGAAAGCCCAUUUGGAAGCCGUAGCCCACUUCAACUCAAUACUACCACCAUUGGAAUCCCAAACCGCUCAAACUCAACAACCGCAGCUAGCCCCUCAAUUCAUCCCACGUGCCCCUCAACAGCCAGCUUUUGUUCCGCAACCACAAGCUCCUCAGUUUGUUCCAGCUAUGGUAAACUUGGUUAAUGGGUUCGUCCAGGAUACACCCGAGGUUGCGCGCGCCAAGGCUGAACACGCCAGAUUCGCACAAUUAGGUUAGGUUCUCGAACCAUUUAUUUAUUUAAAUAAAG